AUGACGACCUUUUCCACCAAUUGCACCCUGCCACCUAAAGACUAUGUGACGUUUGUCAAAUCGCCGAAUACUCGCGGCACUCUGGACAUCGUCUGGAGUUGUUUAUCCGUUCUUUUGAUCUGCACAUGGUCAAUCCUCCACUUAAAUGUCCCAAUCCAAUCGAGCCCUCGAAAUUGGAAACAGAAGUAUACCCGUGCACUAUAUCGAACAUUUUGGAAAUGCUGUUGGAUGAUUGCGAAUCUCUUAUCGCCUGAAUGGGCAUUUGCGAAAGCUCUAUGUGACUACCGCGCAGUAUCAGCGGUGAAAACCGAUUUCGACAACAGUCCAAAGAGGCAGGAUGUUCCCUGGUCACGGUCCCAUAUUUAUUUCGCAAAUAUGGGUGGGUUUGUUGUCAAGUUUGACGAAACAACCGCCGCCGCACCCCUCCAGCACUCGGACUCAGAGGUGCCAGUGGAAAACGAUGAUGCAAAUGACCCCACGGGAAUAUAUUAUUCUCACCUCAAUCAACGCCCACAAAGCCAAUUUGAACUUGAACUUGCUCCGACUCGGAGUCACAGUCCGAGGAAAGAUAGCGCAUCACACCGCGAAGUGCAGGAUAAGUUGAGAUUAUCGUUAUUUCCGAGACUUUCGCGCUGGAUUGGUCCGAUCUGCUGGAAGGAAGAUGAAACAAACUCGAGUUCAAUGGUCCAGGCAUUCCUUGAGUGCUCGCAUAUUGGCGAUGAUAUUUAUGGCCAUUAUUGCUAUAGUGUGGAACAGCUCCAAGCUGACAUCUGGGUGCUUGAUGCUAAGCAACUACACCAAGCAUGGGAGUAUGGCAUAAUCGAGAAGCUUCCUGCAGUCACAGAGGACGACAUAUCCGACAAAAACAAGGGCGACUUUGUUGUUAAGAUACUCGCCGUGGGCCAGAUUGUGUGGUUUGUCAUUCAACUUGGCGAUCGUCUCUAUUCAAAGCUCCCUGUCAGCCUGCUUGAAAUUUUGUCAUUCUCUUUCGCUGUAUGUACAAUUUUCACGUAUGGGCUGCUGCUAGAUAAACCAAAGAACGCUGAAAGCCCAAUUGUCAUAUCCGCUACGCGCUACGCCAGUCCUUGGGAAAUCACGAAAAUUGCAGAGCUUGGCCCAACCUGCAUCUAUAUGACCAGAAGAUCACCAUGGAUUCCAAAUCACAGCUUCCAUGAUUACGACAGGAUCUCGACCGGAAAGAUAGCAGGCUCGCUUGCCGGUGUGCUGUUCGGAGCAAUUCACUGUGUCGCAUGGAAUUUCUCCUUCCCAAGCGAGAUCGAGCGAAUUCUAUGGCACAUAAGUGCUAUCGUGACAGCGAUCGCCUUCCCCUUGGGAGUUGGCUUGAUUUUGUUGCCCUUGUAUUUAGAGGAUAAAUUUGAACUUGAACACGACUGGCCAGAUUGGGUAGGUUGGGCAGAUUGGGCAUUCAAUUACUUGUUAAUCUUAGUGGGCAUUGUCUUCGUUAUAUCACGACUUUUCAUCUGUGUUGAAGUCAUUCGAUCGUUGGCUUUCCUACCACAGGGAGCUUUUCAGGCGACUUGGACCCAGAACAUCCCUCAUAUAGGAUGA